AUGACAAGUCUUGCGGAUACGUUGACAAAGUACAGUACGAUUGGUGCGGCCACAACCUUGGGAUGGGCCGGGGAUGAAUAUGCACGGGAGUACAUGCAAAGGCUUCUGGUACGCGCCCAUGCCAUUCUUUCAGCGCAUAACUGGAAGAUCAGACAUUUGAAGGAAUUUUAUCCACGUAGCGCACGUUUGUUGGGGCUCAAUGUGAACAGGGGGGAUGAGGUCUGCGUUCGAUUUCGUGCGCCAAGUGCAAAGAACACCUUUCUUCCCUUUACAGAUGUCAUCUGUACAAUGUUGCACGAGCUGGCGCAUUGCCGGUAUUCCAGACAUGACAAAUACUUCUGGGGCCUUUACUCCCAGCUUGUCACCGAGUGUGAGCAGUUGGAGGUGGGUAUUGCAUGCGGAAAAAUUGUUGGAACUGCAAGCCAGCAGUUCCGCUUCACAGGAAGUCAUCGUUUGGGUGGAAGCGGACCGUCACUGCACCCAAAUUGUUUAACCUCAAUGCGAAAAAUUCUUGCGGACGCUGCCCUGAAACGAAUUCAGCUGAGUCGUUUUGGGGAGUUUGAUGGAUGUGGCUGUGAUGAUGCUGCCACGUCCUCAAGUACAGCAAUGGGGAACGAUGGUUGGAUUUGUAAAAGAUGUGGAAAUGUUAAUAUGUCUGUUCUCACGGUGUGCGAUUUCUGCUCCGAUAUCUUGGACCCUAUCGGAACCGAGGAAGGAUGGGAUUGUACACGGUGUUCGUUCCACAACUACUGCAGUCUGCAGCACUGUGAGGCCUGCAGUUAUCCACGUUCAAAUACACCUGACUCUUCACAAUGUGCCGUGCAACAUAUUAAAGUUUUUGGUGCCCAAACAGGAAAUUUGUCUGCUCACGGUUUACUGGGUCGCUUAGCGGAUGUUUUGGAUCCCAUCCUUCGGGAAAGGGGAUGGCAGGUGAUAUGUCUCAAUGAGUUUUCUCCAACAACACUGACGGUGAUGUCUCAAGGAGAAUUUAUAGACUCAAGACGUGCAGUACUGAGAGUCCGUCUUCGUUCACCAAAUACACCCUCAGAAUUUCUGUCUUUUGCGUACGUCUGCACCGCUGCUCUUCACCAGCUGGCUCACAUGGUAGAACGUCAUCAUGGAGUCGCGUUCUUUGAGGUUUGGGUAUCAAUGCUAAAUUGCUGCCUGAUGACGGAAAAGGUGCAAGAAGAUGUGGUGAUGUCCGAAGAUAUUAAAGGGAGUUUGCUUCAGUUUACAAGACGGUUAGAGACUAUACUUGAGGAUCAAAGAGGUGGUGGGAAACGGCCGCUGACGAUGACCUCAAUGCAUUCCCUCGUUGCGGAUUGUGGAAAUGUUGUGAAACGCGAGAGGUCGUCUGAAGAGGAUGGAAUGACAGGAAAUAUCCAUCACGACUGUGUGGAUUCUUUUAGAAACUGGGUGUGCAGUGGGUGCGGUUUUCUCAAUUCUAUAGGGGCAUUCCUGUACUGUGAGGUUUGUGGCACAACUCGCUUGCCCUGCACACCGUCGCUAGAGAAACGACGGGGUUCUUUGGAGGCAAUUGUCAUCACUGACGACGAUGACGAUGAGAAGGAGGGAUAUUCCUCAUGUGACAGUGAAGACGUUGUGGUGGUGGCGGUCUGA